GAUCUGUCCAAUUUAAAUGUCAAAUACUGUUGGAAAAUACAUUUUGAAUUAGUCCUUUUAACUGCCACAAUGUAAAUAUCAUGCAGGCGAGUUGGCAGCCCCAGCUCUUUCGAAUUAGCAAGCGGGUUGGCAACGCUCACGGGAAAGAAUGAUGGGCUGCAAACGAGCUGAUUGCUGUUGCAGUGCGAAUAUGUAAUACAUGGUAAACAAUUAAUAGAGCCCCACUACCCACAGAGGAUCAUGUUGCAAAUAUGUCGAACCACAACAAACGGAGCGCUGCAGCGAUGGCGCCAGCGCAAAAUGGUCUCGACAUGGUCGCCACUGGCCACAGCAUUCAACUCGCCGCCUGCUAAACGAAUAAAUUUCACCCGAGACGAUGUGGGUCUAUUUGGAAUGCCGCAGCUGCGGACGUUCGAGGGCUUCUAUUUGCUGCGAGACAAUGCGGAGCAGAAAACGCAGGACCUAAUUGCCGAGGCAAUCUCAAAGGAAAGGCGGCGCAAGAUGGUGGACAUUUUUGACGAACUCUCUAAUUCGCUGUGCAAAGUCGCCGAUCUAGCAGAGUUCAUACGUAUAGCGCAUCCACAGAACAAAUAUAUGCAGGCGGCGGAAGAGGCUUGCAUUAGCAUUUGUGGUGUUGUGGAGAGCUUGAAUACACACAAGCCAUUGUAUCAGGCGCUGAGCCAUGUGGUCGAACAAGGCGAUUUGAUGGCCACUACAGACGUGGAUACGCAUGUGGCCAAGCUCUUUUUGUUCGAUUUUGAACAGUGCGGCAUUCAUUUACCCGAGUCUGAGCGUUUGCGUGUGGUGCGCUUAAAUGAUUACAUACUCCAGCUAGGACAGAAAUUCAUGAACGGCGCAGUGCAACCGACAGUCCUGGCGCGUAGCGCUGUGCCAGAGUCUAUAAGAAGCUACUUUCCCACAGCCGGCAACAACAUCAUUGUCACAGGUCUAAGUACAAACGCAGAGAAUGUUCAAAUGCGCGAGGCCGCCUAUCGACUGUAUCUACAACCCUCCGAGAGUCAGGAGCAGCUUCUCAAAGACCUGCUGAUGUGCCGACAUGAAUUGGCCCGCAGUUGUGGCUUUGAAACUUACGCGCAUCGCGCUCUGAACGCCAGCACCAUGGAAACGCCAGAGUUGGUGCGCGAAUUCAUUGAUGAAUUGUCGGAGCAAUUGCGGCCACGUGCCGAUGCUGACUUCGCCAUGAUGACACAAAUGAAACGCAUGGAGAGUGGACAGCCAAAUGCCACUGUAGCGGUGUGGGAUACACCAUACUUUACGUCCCAGCUUAAGCGGCAAUCGCUCGAGGCCAACUCGAACGAAUUUUUGCCCUACUUCUCACUUGGUGGCUGCAUGGAGGGACUAGACAAUUUACUGCACGCGCUUUAUGGCGUGCGGCUAGAGAACACUGAAAUGGAACCUGGUGAAUCCUGGCACAGCGACAUAUACAAACUAGCUGUGGUGCACGAGGUAGAAGGACUGCUUGGCUACAUCUACUGCGACUUCUUUGAGCGCAACGGCAAACCCAAUCAGGACUGCCACUUUACCAUACAAGGUGGGAAGCGUAUGGCCGACGGCAGCUACCAAGUUCCCAUUGUUGUGGUUAUGCUGGGCUUGGCACAGCCACGGUGGACUGGACCGACUCUGUUAUCGCCAGCGCGCGUUGAUAAUCUCUUCCAUGAGAUGGGACACGCUAUGCACUCUAUGUUGGCGCGAACCGAAUACCAACACGUGACAGGCACGCGAUGCGCCACCGACUUUGCCGAAGUACCCUCUGUAUUAAUGGAAUAUUUUGCCAGUGAUCCUCGUGUGCUCCGCACCUUUGCCCGCCAUUUUCAAACGCACAAGCCCAUCUCGGACGAUAUGUUGCAGCGACUGUGUGCCUCCAAACACUUGUUUGCCGCCAGCGAGACCCAGUUGCAGGUCUUUUACUCGGCCUUAGAUCAAGUCUACCAUGGAGGAGAUGUGGCACAGCAAGGUGCCAAUACCACGGAGACAUUACGAUCCGUGCAAAACCGCUACUACGGUCUUCCAUAUGUGGACAACACCGCAUGGCAAUUGCGGUUCUCCCAUCUGGUCGGCUAUGGUGCAAAGUACUAUUCAUAUCUGAUAUCCAAAACAAUUGCUUCUUGGAUCUGGCAAACGUACUUUGAGGCGAAUCCCUUUAAUCGAGAGUCUGGCGAGAAGUACCGUAGCGAGAUUUUAGCGCACGGCGGGGCGGUGCCGAGUCGGAAACUGGUGGCUAACUUCCUGCAGCGCGAAAUGACACCAAACAUACUCGCCAAGAGCCUUAUACAUGAAAUAGACACGGACGAAUCCAAGAUCAAGGAUCUGAUAGUCACUCGAAACUGAAAUUAAUUCUCGUCCCAAUGUAAAUACAUAGAUGUUGAUCUGUUGGUUUUUUACUAUUAUAAUUAGUUAACGUUUCUCUUAA